AUGGCAAUUCGCUCAUCAGGCCUCCCAGUCGGGGUCAGGUUCCAUCCCACAGACCACGAACUGCUCGAUUACUAUCUCCGCACCAGGAUUGCCAUGGGUGACCACUUUCACUCCGAUUUCGUCGCCGAUUGUCCUCAUUUUUACGGAGACAAUGAGCCCUGGGUUGUCUGGCAAAUCUAUGGCGGCGGUGAGUCCAAGAAAGUGGAGGAUGAAAAGACUCUCUAUUUCUUCACCCAUCGGAGAAGGCUGAGUCCCACCACCAAGCGAUUUGAUCGGAAAGUGGGUUCCGGCACUUGGAGCGGUCAGAAUUCGAGAGAAGUUGAGGAUGAUGGUGUUGUUAUUGGGCUCAAGAGGGAGUUCCGAUACGAGGGCGGUUGUGAUUCUCGUCACAACGACGCUUGGUUGAUGCAAGAGUUUCAGCUCAUUAAUGAUGAUUCUGAUUUUGUACUGUGCACUUUGAGAAAGAACCCUAGAAAGGCACCACCAACCCCAACUGCUCAGGGGAGCAAUGUUGUUGAAAAUACCAGAGUUAAUGACAAAAAGAGAAAGAGCAUUGUGGAUCAACCCAGAAAGCCUAAAUCGAAAAAGCAGAAAAAGGAAGAGAGUUGUCAUCAGGAACAAGAAGGCAGCAGUAUUGUUGAUCAGAUGAAAGUGGGAGAGGCCAAUUAA